AUGUCAUUAUCAUCAGAAAUAGCAGGAGCCAUUGAUGAACCAGACCUAUCACCAUCUCCCACAUCAUCACCAUCCAGUGUCGCAAUAAUCAAUGGGAAAAUGUUGAAUGAUGAAAAUAUAUCAAUAACUCAAAGAAUGAUAAGUGCAUGUUCAGGAAGUUUAAUUACAUCAUUAGUUGUUACACCAUUUGAUGUUAUAAGAAUAAGAAUUCAACAACAAGGUAUACUACCUCAAAGUGAACCAUGUUGUGAAUUACAUUUUCCAAAUCAUUUUGGAAAAAAUGCUUCAAAAUUUGUUGCACCUGAAUUAUUUUGGAUUCAUAAUAAUUAUUGUAAAAUUGGUGCUGAAAAUUGUAGUAGAAUAACUUCAACAUUUCAAGGAUUUGCAACUGUGGCUAAACAUGAAGGAAUAGCGACGUUAUGGAGAGGACUUUCUUUAACUUUAUUAAUGGCUGUUCCAUCAAAUAUAAUAUAUUUUACAGGAUAUGAAUAUAUACGAGAUCAUUCACCUUUUCAAAAUUAUCCUUUUAAUCCAUUAUUAUGUGGAGCAUUAGCAAGAAUGAUAUCUGCUACUUCUGUUGCACCUGCAGAAUUAUUAAAAACAAGAUUACAAUCUAUACCUACUGAUUCAAGAAAUUCAUCUCAUGUACUAAGUAAUUUAUUAAAAGAUUCAUAUAUAAUGGUGAAAAAAGAUGGAAUAAAAACUUUAUUUAAAGGUUUACAAAUAACAUUAUGGAGAGAUGUCCCAUUUUCAGGAAUAUAUUGGUCAUCAUAUGAAUUUUUCAAAGGUAAAAUAUCACAUAUAUUAAAAACAGAUUUCAAUAAUACAACAAAAACGACAACAACAACAGGUAAUCCGGAUGAUUAUAAAGUAUUUAUAACAAGUUUUUUAUCUGGUUCAAUAUCUGGAACAAUAGCUGCAUUUUUUACAAAUCCUUUUGAUGUAGGUAAAACAAGAUUACAAAUUACAAUGAAUGAAGAUCCAAAUGUUAAAAAACCAAAUAUGUUUAAAUUUUUAUAUGACAUAUAUAAAAGAGAAGGUAUACGAGCUUUAUAUGCUGGAUUUGGACCAAGAGUAAUGAAAAUAGCACCUGCUUGUGCUAUAAUGAUAUCGUCUUAUGAAGUUGGUAAAAAGAUUUUUAAAAAUGUUAAUAGUAAUGAUAAUGAUAAUAGACUGUAA